AUGACAAUCGCUCUGCUGGGAGGCAACACCCUCGGUCGGAAAUGCAAUGAUUCUGGCCUCUCCAAGUUCAUCUACAUCGGCUGUGCCAGCCUGUUCACUGGUGGUGUCAUUAUUGAAUGCAUUCUUGGUCAUCUGAUUAUGGUGCCCUAUCGAGAGGAGAGUAAGUUUAUCAAAGCCGUAUGCCGCUAUUCUGCCUCACAGUCUAACAGGAACAAGUUUAUGCGUUGUGAAAAUAAAUGCCUGAAGAGUUCUUCUGAAUUUCCCUGUCUGGCCAUCAUGGUUACCUACCAGACCGAAUGGGCGGACACCGGGACAGGGUAUCUGUACGACUACCUGAGAACCUACGUACAAUUCAAGUCAGCAAAGGUUAGGACUUGA